AUGGCCCACCGCAUCGGCUCCCGCCUCUCGGGCCUCUCGCCAGAGCAGCUCGUCGCCUUCAUCGACGAGCAGGCGCCCCUCUGGAGCGCCGCCGCAAUGCGCGUGGCGGAGGAGCACGCCGCACGCGUGGAGCAGCCCGAGUGGAUCCUCUCCAAGGUCCUCCUCUCGCCGGACCUCGCCCCGCACAUCCUCGCCCAGCUGCCGACCAAGGAGCACGCCGUCAAGGGGACGUGCCGCCCGUGGCGCCGCGGCUGGAAGGAGACGCUGAAGAAGCGUGAGAGGCCGCGCCUGCUCGCGGUCGGCGGCCAAGACGUCAAGCAAAAGGCACCGGUACUCCAGCAGUGGAUAAAGGAGACCAUGGUCGGGACGUGGCAAUCCGGCGAGGCCACGGUCACCUUCGGAGUGGAGCUCUUCAGCUGGACCACCGCGCGCGAGGUGCCGGGUGUCGGUUUCGUCACUCUCAAGCUAAGGACGUCGAGCAUCACGUCUGCGAUCUUUGACAAGAAGAGCAACGUGCUCAAGAUCCGCGGGAUGGUAGAGGUGCCGAUGGACGCGCUCAACCACUGGUACGACUCCUUUUCCAAGCCCGGCUCGCCCAAGGGCUACCUCUGCCUCAAGUUCCAAAACUGGUGGGAGUUCUCCGAGGUGAUCAAGGCGGUGCCGCGGCUCAAGGCGAGGGCACACAGCGGCGGCAGCGUCCGCAUCAACCUGUCCGAGCUUACGCCUGCUGUUCCCGAGGCUGCCGGCCAUUCUCCGGUCGAGUCGGACUGGCUCAGCGACGGGCCUCGCGUUGGGGCUAGGGUGCUGCGGCGCCUCAAGGGCCACGGGCACGUCCAUGCCGUGGUUCAGCUCUACCUGCCGGCGGGCGCGGAUGACGAGCCCGCGCUUUGGCGCAUCCGGCAUGCGGACGGGGAUGAAGAGGAUCUGGUGCGCACACCCAGCCUCAUCGCCGUCAGCACCGCCUCGUCGCUGCACCGCCCCUCGGGACCGCUAUGCCUCACCCUCCCCUCGCCUCCGCUCGCACAGGAGGAGUACGAGCUGCUCGAGGCGCUGCAGCGCUUCGCCACCAGUCGUGCGGGCAGGGCCAGGGCGGCGGCGGAGGCGGCGGGUGGACACGCGCGGGUGGCGGGGCAGGCGGAGACGUCAAGCUCGGGAGGGCCAGUGCGGGCGGCAGCGGCGGCAGGGGUUGCGGACGACGCGGAGGGAGAGACGGCGGAGGAGGCGGAGGCGGAGGCGGGCUCAGCAGGUUUUACCGCCUCGCCGCCGCCUCCGCCGCCUCCGCCGCACAGGGAGGCUGCACCCGCCGCGCCGCUCGUGACAGAGGCGGAGGGGCUACGCUUGCACCUCUCCAGCAGCAGCAGCACCGGGUACAAGGGCGUGCGCGCGGACAGGAGCCGCUUCAAGGCGCAGCGCAGGGUGGGUGGAAGGCUGCUCUCCAUCGGCACCUUCAACACGGCGGUGGAGGCGGCGGUGGCGUGGGCGCGUGCGGUCGGCGAGUACCAGCCUCCGACGGUGGCGACGGAGGCGGACGGGCUGCGGCUGCACCUCUCGAGCAGCAGCAACGCCGGCUACAGGUGCGUGUUCCAGCACGCCUCUGGCCGCAGGAGCCGCUUCCAGGCGCAGCACAAGGUGAACGGACGAAAGGUCUCCCUCGGCUACUUCGACACGGCGGUGGAGGCGGCGGUGGCAUACGCGCGGGCGGUCGGGCAGACGGAGGCGGCAGGCGCGGCGGAGGAGGGCGACGAAGUAGGCGGCGAGGAGGAGGGCGGCGAGGAGGGCGGGUGGAGCGGUGGCGGCGAGGAGGAGAGCCACUUCCAGGUGGGAGGCCGCGUCGCUGUACAGUACUCUGACGGCGCCUUGUACCCGGGCGAGGUCGUGGGCUUUGACGGUGCGUCGAGCCUGUACUCGGUGCGGUGCGACGACGGCGAGUUGCUGGAGGACGUCUCGCUGCACGAGAUGCUGCGAGAGGUGGGAGAGGGCGAGUGGGAGGAGCAGGAGCGAGCGAGCGGGGAGGGGAUGGAGGUGGAGGAGGCGGAGGCGGCAGCGGGCUCAGCAGGGCCUCCGCCGCACAGGGAGGCUGCACCCGCCGCGCCGCUCGUGACAGAGGCGGAGGGACUGCAGCUGCACCUCUCGAGCAGCACCAGCACCGGCUACAGUGGCGUGCGCGCGGACAGGAGCCGCUUCAAGGCGCAGCGCAGGGUGGGUGGAAGGAUGGUCUACUUGGGCUCCUUCGCCACGGCGGUGGAGGCGGCGGUGGCGUACGCGCGGGCGGGCGGCGAGUACCAGCCUCCGGCUCCUCCGACGGUGGCGACAGAGGCGGAGGGGCUGCGGCUGCACCUCUCGAGCAGCAGCAGCACCGGCUACAAGAACGUGGGCAAGCUACCCUCUGGCCGCUACCAGGUGCAGCACAAGGUGGGCGGAAGGCAGGUCUACUUGGGCUCCUUCGCCACGGCGGUGGAGGCGGCGGUGGCGUACGCGCGGGCGAAGGCGGGAAAGGCGAGAGGGCCAGAGCGGGCCGCGGAGGAGGCAGGGUCGGCGGAGGGCGCGGAGGCGGAGGGGAUGGAGGUGGAGCAGGCGGAGGAAGCGGAGGCGGAGGGCUCAGCAGGCGGGGAGAAGGGAGAGACGGCGGAGGAGGCGGAGGCGGGCUCAGCAGGUUUUACCGCCUCGCCGCCGCCUCCGCCGCCUCCGCCGCACAGGGAGGCUGCACCCGCCGCGCCGCUCGUGACAGAGGCGGAGGGACUGCAGCUGCACCUCUCGAGCAGCACCAGCACCGGGUACAGUGGCGUGCGCGCGGACAGGAGCCGCUUCAAGGCGCAGCGCAGGGUGGGUGGAAGGAUGGUCUACUUGGGCUCCUUCGCCACGGCGGUGGAGGCGGCGGUGGCGUACGCGCGGGCGGUCGGGCAGGCGGAGGCGGCAGGCGCGGCGGCGGUGCCGGCGGAGGAGGGCGACGAAGUAGGCGGCGAGGAGGAGGGCGGCGAGGAGGAGGAAGAGGCUGUGGAGGCCAGGGAGAUGGAGGCGAUGGAGGCAGAGGAGGCGGAGGAGGCAGCGGCGGCGGCGGCGGAGGAGGAGGAGGGCGCAGAGGGGGCGCCGGAGGAGGAAGAGGCGGCGGAGGCCGCAGGCACGGCGGCCGUUUCCGCCGCCGCGCCGCUCGUGACAGAGGCGGAGGGGCUGCGUCUGCACCUCUCCAGCAGCAACGCCACCGGCUACAAGGGCGUGUACGAGCACUCUGGCCGCUUCAAGGCGCAGCGCAGGGUGGGUGGAAGGCUGGGCUCCAUCGGCAAGUUCGACACGGCGGUGGAGGCGGCGGUGGCGUACGCGCGUGCGGUCGGCGAGUACCAGCCUCCGGCUCCUCCGACGGUGGCGACUGAGGCGGAGGGGCUGCGUCUGCACCUCUCGAGCAGCGGCGGCACCGGCUACAAAGGAGUAGCGCGGCGCCCCUCUGGCCGCUUCUCGGCGCAGCACUGGGUGGACGGAAGGCUGGUAGGCCUCGGCUACUUCGACACGGCGGUGGAGGCGGCGGUGGCGUACGCGCGGGCGGUCGGGCAGGCGGAGGCGGCAGGCGCGGGAGGGCCAGCGCGGGCAGCAGCGGCGGCGGGGGAGGCGGAGGCGGGGGAGACGGAGGAGGAAGAGGCUGUGGAGGCCAGGGAGAUGGAGGCGAUGGAGGCAGAGGAGGCGGAGGAGGCAGCGGCGGCGGCGGAGGAGGAGGAUGUGCCGCCGCAGGCCGAGGGGUUGCGUUUGCACCUCUCCGGCUGCACGGGCUCCGCUGGCCUGGCUGCCGGCUCUCCGUGCUGGGCCAAGCUACGCGGCUCGCCUUGGUGGCCUGCACUCAUCAGCGCGGAGGAGGGCGAGUCGGUGCGGGUGCGCUUCUGCGGCACGGGCAACGUGGCGACACUCGAGCGCGCGAGCUGCAUCAAGUCGCUCCGCGAGGACGAGCGCCUCUUCGACGCCACGCGCUGGGGCAAGGACUUUGGGCGGCCAAAGUGGAAGCACCUUCGCGCGCCCUUUGCGAGUGCCGUCGCUCAGGCACUCGAGGUCGAGGCGGCCCUCCCGCAUGCGCCGCCGGGCGCGCUAAGCCGAGGACCGGCCGGAAGCUCCGCAGACAACGCGAGGCGGUGCGACGAGCGGCCGCCCAAGCGUCGUCGCACCUCGGCUGCGCAGGAGGCGGUGCAGAUGGUGGCAGACCUGGAGACGGCGGACGCGGAGCUCGACGCGCCGCCUGUGCGGAGGUGCGCCGUCACGCUCGACCGCUGCUUGCCCAGCAGCGCCAACCGCGGCGCGGCCCCUCCUCGCCUCGGCAUCGGCGACGGGCUCUGCAGACUGCUUCUGGCAUCUCAUAAGCGGCUGUACCAGGACGCGCCGCGAGCGGACGUGGGCGCCCGCACGACAGUGCAGCUCGUCAACAGCCACAACGGUCGUCAGCUGUCUGCCGGCGCCGACAGCGUGAAUAACACCAUCCGCGUGAAUGCUACGCGGGCUGCACGUGCGCGUUUGCGGGCCUGUGCCGACAACGUCUCGCUCCUCUUCUAUAGCGACGAAUGGGUCAAGGGCGGGCCCGUGCCGGACAACGACGCGCGGCUGGUCGCGCUGCUCAAUCAGAUGAACAAUAGCAAAUGCGUCGUGCCGCCGCCCUUUGGCAAACUAAAGGCGUUCAAGCUCUCGGAAUCACUCGCCAAACGGCACCGCAGCGGUGCGAUCGUCGACGUAUUUCGGAUCGCCAUGGAGGACCACAGCGCCAGGGCGGUGACUACAUCCAACGUACAUCACACCGACUCGUUGGUCGAUAAGCCGGCGCCAAAGGAAAGAUCAAAGGCGUUCAAGUUGCCGUCGGCAGGCUUCUACGCUGUCCACGCGGCGCUUUUGCUCUGCAGCUCGGUGUCGCUCUUUGGCUUUCAGGACAGCCCCCAAAAGACCUUUCACUACUGGGGCAACCAAUCAGCACUCGACGCCUCCGGCAGCAGACGCUUCCACAACUUUGAAGCCGAGCACGAGUACUAUCAGCGCAGGCUGAAGGACAGCGCGCGC